AUGGCUGUGGUUUAUUACAAAUUCAAGAGCUCCAAAGAUUUCCAUUCCAUUCCCGUUGAUGGUCCGUUUAUCUCAGUUUCCGAGUUCAAAUCCAGAAUCUUUGCUUCUAAAAGAUACGGUAAUGGCAAAGAUUUUGAUUUGUUGAUCUCCAAUGCCAAAACCGAUGAACAAUAUGCCGAUGAUUCCAUCUUAAUUCCAAUACAGACUUCCCUUUUGAUUCGCCGCAUUCCUGGAGUACCGGUGUCACCCAUUGUUAUUGGUGAAGAAAAACCCAAGAUAGAAAAGAACCCAUCACCUGCUGUGAAAGAUCCUCAAGAAGAAGGACGCUUUGAUUCCCAUGAUUUUGGACCUGAUUCCGAUUUCAUUCUCAUAAACUCAACUGCCAAUCCAAGCAAUACCCAUUCUAAGGAAGACAAAAUUGAUGAUGGGUUUAAAACUUUAUACGUCUUUGGAAAGGGCCGAAUCCCACAACAGGGCUAUGUCUGCCAUCGAUGUAAGGUGGCUGGACAUUAUAUUCAACAUUGCCCUACUAAUGGUGAUCCCAAUUAUGAUUUUAAAAGGGUUAAACCUACAACUGCAAAUUCAAAGGAUUCUGCUUCAAGUUCUGGUAGUUCUUUUGGUGAUAAUAUGAUACCACCUGAACUUCGCUGCCUUUUGUGUAAGAAGGUGAUGAAAGAUGCUGCUCUGACAAAGUGCUGUUUCAGAAGCUUUUGUGACAAGUGCAUAAGGGAUCACAUUGUUUCCAAGUCUGCUUGUGUUUGCCAAAGGAAAAUAGUGACCGGUGAUGUUCUGCCUAAUACGACUCUUAGAGAUACUAUCAACCGAAUUCUGAAUCAAUCCGGGAAUAGAAAUUCUUACAAUGGUGGAACCAGUUUUUCGAUUCAGGAAAGUGCAUCUGCUGCAUCAAAAGCCGAUCAACGGACACAGAUGAUUGUUCCCUCACAACAUACCUCAGACAAAGUCAAGGGGCCAACAUCGAAAGCAAGUGUCAUGCUUGGGGAAAAAGAAGAGCAACAGAAGAAGGUAGUUUCGGGCAAGACACACAAGGAAAGGAAGAGGAAUAUCUCCAAGAUGCCAACAUACCCACAGAGGAGAACGUCCCAAAAUGUUGGAGUUGACAGCUAUAUGAUGCCUCCACACUACUCUGCCUAUAAUCCAUACUGGGCCGGUAUGUAUCCUGGAUUUAUGUCACCUUAUGCUGCUGUUGUGUCACAAAAUCAGAUGUUCACUGCCUUUCCACCAGAGAAGAAUCCUGCCGAGUUUGGAUUGGAUGCAAAAUUUGCGCAACCCUCGAAGAAAUAUAAAGCAUAGAUUCAUGUCAAGUUUGACUUGUGAAAU